CGAGGCAAAAUCAGGGGUUGAUGCGAUGGUUGCGCAUGCAAGUAGAAGAGCGGUCGAGCCGUGGCGAUAGGAUAGCGAGUGCAGAGCGUCUUGCACCGCAGCGGCCCCGAGUACUUAAGCAGCCACUAUUUCUAUCCUCUUGCAAUUCUCAAUUCAAUCCCCCCUUAUCCUUUACCGGGCAUUUGUACACCAUCUUUACACUUUUUAUCAUCUACGGUAAUCGCUACUAUGGCCAUGUUCAUCCCUUACCAGCCGUCACGGAGCGCCGUUCCUACAGCUUCCAGUUCGCAGACCUCAACAGCUCGCGGGCAAGGCCGGUGCCCUACCAAGAGCCGCCGGGUUCGCUUCGGUAGCAUAGAAAUUGUGGAUCUGAGAGACGACAGUGACGGAGAAGAUUGCCCUGCGCGCCAGCCAGCUACAGCCAGUCCGGUCCGGGGCCAUUAUUCAGCAGCGGCCGCACGGGCGUCUACGCAGAACAUUAAUCAAGCCGCUCAAGGGACCAGCGGCGGUGCGGAAGACGACGAGAGCAGCGGCAGCGACGGAGAUGAUCUCCCUACCCUGCAAGAGCUCUUUUCGAUGUCUCAAGGGACGAUUUCCACGGACCGAUCUGAUUGCGUUCAACGGGUUGCAAGCCCAGCGCACCAGGAGGACACGGAAAAUGGAAUCCUGGAACGCGAUCGUGCUCCUGGGCACGAAGAUAUUGCGGCUGGCACCGCAUCGCCAGCACUGAUAGUGCCUGCUAACAUCGAGGCUGUAGAUGGUAAGGCGUCUAGCGAUGACUGUGCGCGGAGCCCCACGACGGAGUUGAGCGAGUCUCUACGCUGCAUACAUGCCAAGCUGUAAUGGCGAUGGAUAUCGUCGAGCUGCUGCUCGGCAAGGGCGCCGACGUGAACGCGCAAGGUGGAACCUACGGCAACGCGCUACAGGCCGCUUCGUCCGGGGGCAAUAAGGAUAUCGUCGAGCUGCUGCUCGGCAAGGGCGCCAACGUCGACGCGCAAGGUGGACCGUAA